UAGGUUAGCCUGGUCUAACUUGUGCUCUUCUGAAGGCGUAUAAAUCUAGUAAGUGACCUGUUUUGAAAGAAACACGAGUUAUUUUUUGGGCAGUAUACCCUUGUGUUAUUAACCUGUGGGCUCCCUCCCCUUUCUUUCGUCAUGAGCACUCACACAAAUGGGUGCUCAGCCUUCACCAUUAUUUGCACGGCUUGUUGAAAGAAAUGCCCAAUAGCCGCUCUGAAAUCUGGAGGGUGGAUGGGCAGGCGCACCGUCCAAAAUCCGCCAGACCACACGUCUCCACCUGCAUCUCCGCAUAGCGCUGCCAGAUGGCCAGUAACCCGUGUGCCAGGUAGCAUUCUGUGCCGGUCUUGAAUGCCAACAGGAAGUCACUGGACAGCAAACCUCUUCCAGGAUCACAACUGGGCUAUUGAAGGAACUCGAAAAAGAGGGAAAAAAAAAGCUGAGGCCAUGGCAAAAAGAAACCGAGUUCGGUCUACCUCUCCUCCAGAUGGAGGCUGGGGCUGGAUGAUUGUGGCUGGCUGUUUCCUUGUUACCAUCUGUACUCGGGCAGUCACCAGAUGUAUUUCCAUUUUUUUUGUGGAGUUCCAGACAUACUUCACUCAGGAUUAUGCACAAACAGCUUGGAUCCAUUCCAUUGUAGACUGUGUGACCAUGCUCUGUGCUCCACUUGGGAGUGUCGUCAGUAACCAUUUAUCCUGUCAAGUGGGAAUCAUGCUGGGUGGCUUGCUUGCAUCGACUGGUCUCAUCCUGGGCUCAUUUGCCACCAGUCUGAAGCAUCUCUACCUCACUCUGGGAGUUCUCACAGGUCUCGGAUUUGCACUUUGUUACUCUCCAGCUAUUGCCAUGGUUGGCAAAUAUUUCAGCAGACGGAAGGCCCUUGCUUACGGGAUCGCUAUGUCAGGAAGUGGCAUUGGCACCUUCAUACUGGCUCCGGUGGUUCAACUCCUUAUUGAACAGUUUUCCUGGCGGGGAGCGUUACUCAUUCUUGGGGGCUUCGUUUUGAAUCUCUGUGUUUGCGGCGCCUUGAUGCGGCCUAUUACUCUGAAAGAGGACCCUACAACUCCAGAGCAGGACCACAUCUGUAGAACUCAGAAACAAGACUUUAAGCGAGUGUCUCCCUGUGCAACUUUGACUAAAAAAUGGGUGCAGACCUGCCUCUGUUGCUCUUUGCAACAGGAAUACAGUUUUUUACUGAUGUCAGACUUCGUUGUGUUAGCCAUCUCUGUUCUGUUCAUGGCUUACGGCUGCAGCCCUCUCUUUGUGUACUUGGUACCUUAUGCUCUGAGUGUCGGAGUGAGUCACCAGCAAGCUGCUUUCCUUAUGUCCAUACUCGGGGUGAUUGACAUUAUUGGCAAUAUCACAUUUGGAUGGCUAACUGACAGAAGGUGCCUGAAGAAUUACCGGUAUGUCUGCUACCUCUUUGCCGUGGGACUGGAUGGGCUUUGCUAUCUCUGCCUCCCGAUGCUCCAGAGUCUUCCCCUCCUCGUGCCUUUCUCUUGUACCUUUGGCUACUUUGAUGGUGCCUACGUGACUCUGAUCCCAGUAGUGACUGCAGAAAUAGUAGGGACCACGUCUUUGUCAUCAGCCCUCGGUGUGGUGUACUUCCUUCAUGCAGUGCCGUACUUGGUGAGCCCACCCAUCGCAGGAUGGCUUGUGGAUACGACGGGCAGCUACACUGCAGCCUUUCUGCUCUGUGGAUUCUCAAUGAUAUUUAGUUCUGUGUUGCUUGGCUUUGCUAGACUUGUAAAGAAGAUGAAAAAAACCCAGCUGCAGUUCCUGGCCAAAGAGUCUGAUCCGAAGCUGCAGCUCUGGACCAAUGGAUCGGUGGCUUACUCUGUAGCAAAAGAGUUAGAUCACAAAGAUGAGGAAUCUGUCGCUGUCGCAGUAUCUGGUUACAACCCCACAUGACCAGUGGCCCGGAGCCUGGGAAUCUUCAGGGCUGAGAGAGGUGGGACCACCAGACCGUGUGUGUCUCUGAAGCAUUUUUAUUUUGGCAGAAGCACUGCCUUCCGAGGAAAUUAUUAUUGUUGUUUUAUUAACGCGUUUAUAGGGGAAAAUAGCAAAUAACAAAGCACGUUGGACUGGCUCAGAGUUUCCUCAUUUGGGAUUUGUACUCACAAUUGAACUCACAUCUUUCAGGCAAUGAGCAUCACUCCGUGGAGAAUGUUAGGACAUAGCUGAUGCAGUUAGUGGUAAUUGGGGGUAAUUUCAAGGCAUGACCAAAGAAGAUGACAUUGGGAAGCUUUGUCUCCAACUCUCUGGCCCUCCAUCUUCCUCAGUCAGAAGGUAAAGAGAAACAAUGACGUGUAGGUGAGCUUACUUUAUGCUUUUUUGGAGAAGGGGGUCUGUAUGAAUCACUGCCUUUUGAAGAAUCUAAAGUAUUCUUCAAUGACUCUGUUUAAAGCCCUGAUGAGAAUCUCCACUGUGAGGAAGGGUUGGCAUCUUCACCUCUCCACCUCCACUGAAAGCCUUCUUCCUAAGACUGAGCCCCUCACCUCUGACCCGGCCCUCACCUCUGUUCCUAUCACAUAUAAUACUGAGUUUAGCAGAAUACGCCAAGUCACAAGGGUGAUUCCUCAGUCUCACCUGAAAUGUUAACACCAACACGUCUUUAGAAACAAAGCUUUUAUUGAACUUACACACACAUUCCUGUUAGGAACUGAAAAAUGUUGGCAGUAUUCCAACUGGGCAGGAAUUGAAUUCUCAAAUCAGCAGGUGUCUGAUGGGAGUUUUCUUUUCAGACCAGACAUUUAGGUUCAUCAUUACCCAAAAGGGAGGUUUGCCUGAAAAAGAUUGUUCUAGAGAUAUUCCAGAGGUGAGAUUCCUUUCUGCCUGUGUUAAUUCUUGUUCCAAUGUCCACUGCCCUUUAUCUCUUGAUGGAUAAUCGUUCGAAACUUUAUGGGCCUCUCCAGAUGAAUGAGAAGGCUUCAGGGGUUAACCUCAGCAUCCUAGCCCUCUCAUUAAUUAGAGCUCUGUUCAGGCGAGAGGGAGGAGAAGGUUAAGAAGGCUAGAGGUAUGGUAUUUUACAGUUCAUAGAACUCUUUCACAUACCUUCACUCCUUGGAUUAGAAUAGUUUACUCAUUCUCAAGUACUCUAUUUUCCUAUAGUUUGGGACAAUUUCUGAGUCUUCAGAGGGAGGGUAUCAAAGAGAAGAGAAAGGCCAGAGCCUCCAGCUUGUCUCCAACCGCUUUUAAAUCCACAGAGUGAUAGCCCUGAAUCGCCAAAUCGUGUCAUACCUGUAAAUUAGGAGAAAAUUACACAAUUGAAAAAGGAUUUUAAUUAUAGAGAAAUUUUAAAUCUGAACCUCAAAGAAAUAUUUUUACCCUAAAGGCCAUUUAAUCCAUUGUCCCUCAGGCGGUCUCACAAAUGCCUGGUGGGCACUGAGGAUGAUCCUAGGUUGACGAAGCGUGUUCACCAAGAGUCUUCGCCUAUAACUGGAUUAUUUCAUAAAAUUGCAUAUUAAUACAUUGCUUUCAAAAUGAAAUACUGACUUGAUUUAAUGGAAGAAAACUGUAAUAUUUCACUGCUGCUUUCCAAAGAUAAAUUUGAAUGUCGCCUGUUAUCUUUUUACUUAGCUCAAGAAUUAAGUUUUGAACCCACUUACUAGAUCAUUUGCAAUCUACAAAUAAUACUUGGAAAAUAUCUGUAAAAAGUCAAAGUUAUGAUGAACUUAUGUGUGUUUGGAAUAGCACUUUAUACUAGAUAUCGUUUCUUGAAUCUUCAAGCCUAAAGAUUUUUUGAAAUAUAAAUAGUUCUAAAUAUUCCUAGACAUAUUUUUUCCUAGCGGCCAGAGUAAAAUUUUCGUUCUCCAGUUCUGCAAUAUGAUUUCUCUGAAGUAUUAUAAGUGUUCCUGAAAAAUGAGUAUAGAAACCAGAGCUUUAAAAAAUUUGUUUAAAGUAUUUGGGAUAUUUCUACUUUCUACAUGCAUAAAUUUGUAUCUUACUUGCCCAUUUGGAGCGCAAUUUUAGAAAACCAGCAAGGAAAAUGUAGAUCUUAGACUCCACCAUUGUAUCUCCACAAAAUUUUACUGUUAAGGUUCCAUGUGCCUAUACUGUUUUUUCCAAAAGGGAGAGAUUCGUAGGAAUGAUGUGUUUUGUGGAAUCAAGAACAAAAUUGUGGUAGGAUGAUUCUGCAUCUUAAAAUAUUUCUUCAUAUCACUGUGAGCUCUACUUUGAAAUUGAGUAGAAAAGCAAAAAAGCUAACUUCUAUCGAUACACUGUACCAUUGGGCCUUUUUUUUUUUUCAGAUUGUGAUUUUACUAGUAGAUCAGAUAUUUAUGCUCAUAUUUUCUUAUUUCAAAAGCGUAAUAAAAUGAGUUUAUAUUUGUGUUUGGAAACACAUUUUUCCCUGUACAAGGGGUUUGGAUUGAAUGGCGAGUGAGCUUGUCUGGAUUAUGCUAAAAUGUAGCUGGCAUAUAAAGAUGUGAUAAACAAUCAAAUAAUUUACAAAAGCCAAA